AUGACUCAUCGCACCGGCGAGAGAGAGGGAGUGGACGCCGCAAACGGAGAAGCAGCGGCCGCCCCUACCACCACCGCCGCCACAGCGGUCUCUCCUAAGCCGAGGGAGGAAAAUAGACUGCCGACCCCCGGUGGUGGACAGCCGGUGGACGGCGCCGUCGACGCUCUACGACAGAUUCAAGGUAAUCAGAAGAGAGAAACGGAGGCCAGAGCGUUUGUAAGUUCUCUCCUUGCCGAAAAAGGGGAAUCUCAUGUGCAGAAUGUGCUACAAGCGGAGAUUCAGAAGGUGAAGAAGAAGGAGUCGGAGCUGGCUGCUAUCAAAAAGAAAGUCACGGCUACAAACAAGGAGGUGGAUGAGCUGCAAUUAGAUAUUUGGCGGGCAAAUGAAACAAAGACGGAGGCGGAACGUUUGUGUAAGGUUCUACAGGCCGCAACGAAGCGACGGGCUAUGCUCACAGAGGAGGCCAGAAAAGAGAUGGAGGAACAUCGUAUUGGCGUGCAGCAAAAGGUAGAGAAUAGUGUGAAAGACAUUCGGGUGAACUGCGAUGAGCGGAAGGAGACUGUUAUGGCCCUGAUGGAGGAGAACAACCGUCUCCGCGAGGAGGUGGAAAUGAAAAAGAAGCAGUUCGAUGAGGCCUACGAGGCCUAUCAGGCAGGCUGGAAGGUUCGUGAAAGUUAUUUGGACGAACUGAUGCGUGGCUUUCAGCAAGUGACAAGGGAGGUGGAGCUGCUCGAGGGGCGACUUGCCCUCACGCGACGGGAGCGACAAAUGACGGAGGAAGGCAUGGUGUUACUCCGGCGCCAACUCGAUACAUAUAACACUCAGUUACGCGACUUCUUUGAGAGUUACACGGUGGAGGACGCGGAGAAGAUGGCGGCGCAGCAACGGGAGCAGGUCGAGGCGCGGAUCGCACAGCUGGAGGAGGAAAAGAGGGAAGCAAACGAACUCCGCCUGAAGUUUGACAAGGAGCUCGCGGGGUGGCGCACCGCACUUGCCGCCGCAAAGCGGGAGUUGCAAAAGGCGGAGAAGGCACGCAUGGCAGCGGAGAAGCAGUGCCGCGUCCAGCAAGAAAAGUCACGGCUGAAGGCAAAAACAUAA